GCCAUUCAUCUCCUCAGUUGGGCGUUGGACUCCGCAUCUUUUUAUCAAGCGGGGGGACUGCUCCAUUUUGCAGCGACGCGGCCACCAGCCCGGGAUUUUAUCAUUCUCCAAACUUCCAGCUUCGCUCCGCUUCUCUGAAAAAUCCUCCGCCUGUCACCGGACUCCGCUCUCCGUUUUGUCUGUCAACUUUUUUUGUGCAGAGAGAAAGAGGAGCGGCGGCGGAGAGCUUCGCGUUUUAACAAAGAGACUCGUGGGUCUUUGUUCGCUUUCUCUCUCUCUCGCUCUCUUUUUUUUUUUUUUUUUUUUACCCCCCCUCUCUCUUCCCGCUUCGGAUCGGUUGGUUUCUUUGUUGGAGGGAAGAAGCAUGGGAGCGCAAUUAUCCAAGACAACGGGUGAAACCGUGGCUGAAAAGCCCGGAGAAGCUGCUGCUUCCCCCGCCAAGACCAACGGACAGGAAAAUGGGCAUGUGAAAGCCAACGGAGAUGCUUCUCCUGCAGCGGCUGAGAAUGGCAAAGAGGAGGUGCAGGCCAACGGCAGCGCUGCGACUGAGGAGACCCCCAAAGAGGAGGCGGCAGCAGCAGCAGAGGAGACUGGGGCGGAUUCUGCUGAAAAGGAGGCUGCAGAUGGGGAAAAGAUAGAAACAUCUCCAGCUCCUGCUGAGGGAGAGGCUGCAGCCAAGGAGGAGGGAGCUACACCUUCUACCAGCAACGAGACCCCCAAGAAGAAGAAAAAGAAGUUCUCCUUCAAGAAGUCGUUCAAGCUCAGUGGCUUUUCUUUCAAGAAGACCAAAAAGGAGACUGGCAAUGGAGCCGAGAAGGAGGAGGAGGCGGCAGCAGCGGCUCCUACAGAGGAGGCCAAGGCUGAGGGCAAAGAGGAGGCUGCAGCUGCCGGCGAGGAGGCCAAGCCCGCCGAGGAGGAGGCGGUGCCUGCUACGGAGCAGGCCAAGGAGGAGGUAGAGGCGAAGCAGGAGGAGGCAGCACCAGCAGCAGAGAAGCCGGCUGAGGAGGUCGCAGCCACAGAGGAGCCAAAGGUGGAGGAGAAACCGGCCGAGCCCACGGCCGAGGAGGCACCCAAGGUGGAAGAGGCACCCAAGGCGGAGGAGGCUCCCAAAACAGAGGAUGCGCCCAAAACAGAGGAGGCCCCACAGGAAGCAGCAUCAGCAGAGGCCCCGGCCGAGGCCCCCGAAGCUGCUGAAUAACACCUGAAAUAAAAAGAUAAUCAGAGAACAUUUCCUUGUUUGUACGUUGAAGUGGCGCCACCUGCUGGCUACAGAGGACUUGUCUACAAGCAGGGAUAUUUUAAAGCUUUUCUUUUUCCUUUUUUCUUUUGGUUUCCAUCCCCUUUUACACAAAACCCAUCUCAGACCAUUGAUACCAGCUCGGGAGGUGGGUGGCUUCAACAUGAGCAGCGAUCGGAUUCAUCCACACUCUGCCAUAUAUUUUUACAUCAGUAUUAUUGAUUUUAUUAGUUUUUUUUUAAUAUACAAAAUGUAAACAAAAUAGGAUGGAUGUGGCCUCGACAUGGAGACAGAGCUGUAAAUGUGCCACUGUUAAGACCAGAAGAGUCUAAAAAGGGAAGGAGAUCUUCGUGGCUGACAACACUAAGUCAUUUUUACCAGAACAGACCCACAGAUAGAUGUUAGGAAACCAGCUUUUCACUUCUCAUUAGCUGUCAGUGAUCCAGUAGAGAGCAGUUGUAUAGGCUUUACUGUUUAUUGUUGGUUAAUAAAAUGUAAGUAUGUAUAGGCGGGGUGUUUUUUUAACUGUGAUUAUUGUACAAAAAGAAAAUCUUGAUCUCAAAAAGCACAUAAAAUUUGCAGCUUUUUUCCACCAACUUGUCUUUUUUGUAAGAUACCAACCAACACGAUGACUGAGACGACCAGACCCUCAGUCUGACGAAGCAAGCUGUGAUAAACUGUUUCUAUCUGUGGUUUUCUCUCCACUCCAGCAGCCAGUUUGUUGCCCCAGACUGAACUCGUCUUUCAGAUGCAGAUGUUUGUGUAGCAUCUUGUUUUCUUUCUUUUGUAAAUACUGGAGAAGCUUUGAUGGAUUCGACUAAAGAGAAGGUGUAACUUUGCUAUUAAAACUCCUGCUUCAGGGUGUUCGGAUUUUCUGUGAGCACACCAAAAGCAAAAAUAAAUGUGAAUAAAAUUUGA